CUUUUGUGUGGUCGUUCAGCAUAUUUUUAAUACACAAAUAGUUUUGCGCUACAUUCAAUAGUAUAAUAAAAGGAACAUGAAUAAAAUUUUGAUAAUAAUAAUUUUGUUCUUCAUCUUUUGCCAAGCAACGGCAGUGAUUUAUCAAUUAAACAAAACAGAAUAUGUUAAAAUGCCACCUGUAUUCCAUCUGGACCGAUACGAGCUAUGCAUAGACCAAACCGGAGGAAUCUAUUGUACUGCGGAAAUAGAUUUAGUUUCAGACAGUGACAACGAUCUCUUAGAAAUGAUACGUGAAUACAGCGAGCGGAAGGAAACUCAUUUCAAUCAUUCGCGUUUGCAUUAUGGUAUUUGUUUGACGAAAAUGUGCAAAGACUAUUUAAAACCUAAUACGACAAGUUCAAAAGAUUUUAAUUUAGUUAUUGAACAAUGUUUGAAUAUAUCAUUUUGGGAGCAAUAUAAGUUGAAAACUAGAAUAAAAGAAGAUACGAUGUGUCAUACUAAAGACCAGUAUUAUCCUAUAGAGCCAAUAGACAUAGUUGUCGCAGUGAUACUUUUAUGUAUAUUAAUAUUAAACUUGUCUGGAAGUAUUUACCAUAUACUAAUUGUUAAGAAGAAUUAUUCAGGCAAUAAGUGGCUGCUAUGAUUUUCAAUUCAACGAAACUGGUCCAAAUUAAUUGAAACUCGAGAAGAUAGCAGAAAAAAUAAUAGCUUAAACGGUUUAAAAGGAAUGAAAGUAAUUACAAUAGUCUUGGUAGUAUUUUUACACUCUUUAGUGCCUUUCGUGACCAUAUUAGAUAAUACGCAGUUCCUAGAAACAGCAUAUAAUAAUAUUUUGUACCAUUUCCUGUGUGACGGUACUGUAACAGUUCAGACGUUCUUCAUGAUUUCUGGAUGUCUGACAUCGUACAAUCUCCGAGUGAUAUCAGAAGAAAAUACAUUAUGGAAAAAAAUACCGAUAUUUAUAUUAUUAAGAUGGUUAAGACUCACUCCAAUUUACGCAAUAACUUUAGCCAUUACUGCGUCAUGGCUAAGAUUUGCGGGAUCAGGACCGAUGUGGCAUAAACUGAUAGAAUCCGAAGUAAAAGACUGCCGUCGUGACAGUUGGCAGAACAUGCUCUACAUAAACAACUAUUUUGACAACACUCGCUGCAUGGCGCAUACAUGGUAUGUGGCAGCGGAUAUGCAGCUGUUUGUUUUGGGAAUAUUUACGUUAGUAAUGACAAGGAGCGAUCAGAGGAGACAAGUUGUGCUCUGGAUUAUGUUCGUACUUUCUCUCAUCAUAGUACCGUUACAUACGUAUUAUCAAAAUUUAUACGCUCAUGUAAUUGUAUCGCCAAAAUUUAUUUUGGAGUGGUUUGUCACAGAUCCUACCUUCAACAACUCGUACAAACGCGGUCACACAAAUAUUCCAUGUUACAUUUUAGGGCUCAUUCUCGGUUUGAUUGUAUAUAAAUUGCAGCAGGAGCAAAUACAUAUUAAAAAAUAUAAGAUAUACAAAUAUAUGUUCUGGGCACUGUGUCCCAUGAUGUUUAUAUUGAUAGUUUGUCGCGGCAUUUUAUACAUGGACGGAGUAACACCAAAUCUCGCAGUUAGAGCUGUUUUUUCCGGCAUAUACAGACCUCUCUUUGGAUUGCUUAUGUUCCUAUUCAUAAUAGGGAUGGUAAUUAAAGUCGAAAAUGUUUAUAGAACAAUAUUAGAAUGGAGAUUCUGGACGUCAAUCGUUCGCUUGUCGUACGCCGUCUACAUCAUACAUGCGAUAUUGAUACAAAUUAGUGUUUACUCUAGAACUACAUUAAAUCAUUUGACCAUACAUGAAGCUAUAAUAACGUCGUACGGAACAAUCGCCUUAUGCUUUCUAUGUGCUGUACCUCUUUGGUUACUGGUCGAAUCACCAAUUUCGCAAAUUAUUCGACAUCUAACGUCUACAAGUAUAAAAAAUAAAAAGCCUGGACAUGACAUCUAUAAAAGCGUUUGCUGUGACUACAAAUGAAAAGCAAACCUUUGAAGUACGUAGAGCGUGAAAGGUAUCGCAGAGAGAGGAAAGUUCCUAGUGCUAAAGUAAAUGAAAAAAAAACAAUAUCUUUAUUUUGCUCUAUUAGUAAAUGACCAAUACAUAUAUGCAUUUUGUAUAACAUGUAUAAUAUAUUAAGUAUAUGCAAUAAAAUAAUAUAAUAUAAUUGUUGCGGCAACACGUGGUUGUGAUGCCAGAGUGC